GUUAAAAAUUGUAAAUUUUGUACUAAUUUUGCAUUGGAAGCUCAGCCCCAAGUAAUGAUGGGACCUCUCUUCUUGUUGACUAUUUAUAGAUAGAUUGUUGGAGAGCAAAUUUCAUCUGGGUUUUAGCUAUCUCUGAAGUCCUUUUCCAAUUUCCUAUAUUUUUGUUCUGAUUUGUAAGUAAUGGGACUGAUAAAGGUGUGAUCUUUGAGGUGGGUUCUUUCGAUUCAAGCUAAAAUCUUAUGUGGGUCCGUUUUGGGGAGCAUUUUUAGGAUUUUUAGUUGGUUUAUGAACUUGUUCUUCUGUUUCAGUGGUAGUGGAGCUGCUGAUUCAAUUUGAAUCUGAUAAGCCAUUGGGUUUGAGGUUAAAUACUUCUUAAUCUUUUGUUUUUGUUUUGUUUCUGGUUCUAGCUUUGUUGUGAAAUCAAAAGGUGUCUUAAAAGUUGUAUUUUUUUUAGAUGAUGUAAUAGAUCUACAUGCAAGCUUUUAGAAUCAACUAUGUUCUUGUUUAAUUUUCAUCUUUUGGUACUGGUGGCAACUUUGAUUUGGUGUUUUAUUUGGCUUUUGCCACACUUUCUAACUGAUUGUUGUUAAUCUUGCUUCUCUCUUUAAGCCUCUAUUUAUCUUCUUUGUGUUGUUAAUCUCAUGCUUCACUUGUUGAGUUUGAUGGAUAGAUGUUUUGUGCUCAUCUUAUUCUUCAGAAGCCAAAAUAGAGAAUGAUUGUUUGGGUAUUGUUAAAAAUGGUCAUGUAGAAGCCAAAAUUAGGUUUCUUUAAUUGUUAAUCUCUUGAUUGCAAUAUAACCCUUUCGACGAGGCUCUGCUUAAAUUUAGUAGUAUAAUUUGUUAAUCUAGUACUGUUUCUUUAAUCCUGUCAUAAGUUAUUACUUAUCUUCGGCAAAAUAUGUUGCCAUUUUACCUUGUCUUCUUCGAUGUUUUCUUUUGUUAUGUUCUUCGUUCUCCCCUCACAUCAUGUUGUAUUAGGAGACACUAUAACAAACUAAUUUGAUACCUCAAAGUCCUUUUCAGGUCAUACAAUUUAGAUAUCUUUAGUAAAACAGCUUCUGGAGAAGCAGUAGGAGCUUUGAUUCUUUUGUAGCUACAACUUAGAAAUGUCGAUCCUGUCGAAGUUACGCUGCAUCACUGUGGAUGUCACGGGUACUCUAAUAGCUUACAAAGGAGAGCUCGGCGACUACUACUGUAUGGCUGCUAAAGCAGUAGGAUUGCCAUGCCCUGAUUAUAAAAGAAUGCAUGAAGGUUUUAAGGCUGCGUACAGCGAUAUGGCAAGAAGGUACCCGUGCUUUGGACAUGCGGCGAAGAUACCGAAUAUCGAUUGGUGGAGAUCAUGCGUCAAGGACUCCUUUGUCAGGGCCGGCUAUGAAUACGAUGAGGAGACAUUUGAGAAGGUAUUCAGACGCAUAUAUUCGUCUUUCGGUUCCUCGGCCCCGUACUCGGUAUUUCCUGAUGCUCAGCCCUUCCUGAGAUGGGCACGUCAGAAGGGUCUCACUGUCGGAAUUGUUAGCAACGCCGAAUACCGUUAUCAAGAUGUUAUUCUUCCUGCUUUGGGUCUGAAUAAGGGAUCAGAAUGGGACUUUGGGGUGUUCUCGGGCAUCGUCGGGGUCGAAAAACCCGAUCCGAAAAUCUAUCAAAUCGCAUUGGAAAAGGCGGGAAAUGUAGCACCUGAAGAAGUACUACAUAUCGGGGAUAGCAUGCGGAAGGACUACAUUCCGGCCCGCAGCAUAGGAAUGCACGCGGUGCUUCUGGACAGAUUCAAAACACGAGACGCGGAGAGUUGGAGAGAGUCGGGCGCGAUGGUGUUUCCCGAUCUCGUCGCCGUUCAGCACUGGCUUACCAAGGAAGAAGUGAUAGCAGCUGGCCAACAAGGAUAGAGACAGCUUUUGAUGUACUAAAAAUGAAAAUUUUAGACUAGUAUGGGGGGAAUAUGUCAAACUCUUUUUACCCCUUUAUGUGGUUAUAUGGGAGAUAGGUCAAAAAUAGUCUCUUUUUCGACUGGAUGAUGAAUAUUUGGUGUUGAUGAAGGGUGCUAAUGCAAUAUAAUCAAUGAUGAAUGAUGUAGUUUAUGCGCAAUUAAAAGAAAAAUCCAAAUUUAUGGCUU